UAAGAGUCCCAAGUAAAGUUAAGAAACGACAACUAUGAACUGGACACAAAGAAGAUACACACAGUUGUACACAACCAGCAAACCCGAAAUAAUUUAUACUUAAUCACCACUUAAUCCAUAAACUAAUACAACUAUAUGUAUACACAUUAAUUAUAAAAGCCAGCCCAUUUCUACGAAACUUCUCUCUCUAUGUCUAUGUGAACUUUCUCUUUCUCUUCUUGUUAAUUCUAGCUACUUUGUUUACAUAAUGGGAAACACAUCUUCAUGCUCACCAUCAAACUCAUCAUCAGGAGUAGUCAAGAUCUUAGCUCCUUUCACCGGGACGCUCGACGUCUUCUCAAAACCCAUCAAGACUUCCCAAAUCGUCUCUCAAAACUCCAGUCAAUUUAUAACCGACUCAACUUUGCUCCAAAUAGGCCACCGAGUCACCGCCGUAUCUCCCGACGAGUUCUUGCGGCCUAGACGACAUCUCUACCUCCUCCUUCCUACAGACAUGUUAUACUCUGUCUUAACGCAGGAAGAACUAGCGCUCAUCUCCGAGAAAGCAACAGAGAUACUCAAUGAAAGCCGGUAUAACCAUUUGAAGAAAAUAUUCCGAAGAAGAAGCUCAUCGUCGGUUAAGGAUGAUGAUCAUCAUGAUCAUGGUGGUGUGGAAAUAAGAGAAACCCUAGAAGAGAAGGUAAUAUACGAAUCUAAAUAUGGAUCUUGGAGGCCUGGAUUGGAGACGAUCGUGGAAAGCUAAAUUAAUCGUUACAGACCUUUAUGUAUAAUCAAUCGAUCAUAGAGUAUUCUUUGUUCUUUAUUUUUUUCUCCUGAUAAUUUUUGUCCGAGUUAUAAAGAAAAUUGAGGCUUUAAAUUAUAUAUGGGUUCUGUUCAACGA